AUGGCGAAGCCGAGGACGCGCCCCCCCAAGGAGCGCAAAGUGCUCGAGCCUCUGUCGGCGGAGGGAGACUCCAAGUUUGCACGGGCCCUGGGGAGCGUGGAUGGCCGCACGCGGGAGGCAGGGCUCCAGGCCCUGGCAGUAUGGCUCUCACGCAGACAGGAAGUGGACAGGCUGGACCUGCUCAAGCUGUGGAAGGGGCUGUUCUACACCUUCUGGCACAGCGACCAGCCCACCGCCCAGUCAGCUCUGGCGGAGAGGCUGGCCGACCUCCUCCUAGUCCUCCCACCCCUGGUAUCUGAUCUCUUCUAUGAGACCUUUGUGCAGACCAUGCGCCGCGAAUGGUUUGGCAUUGACCGGCUGCGCAUGGACAAGUUCAUGAUGCUGGUCCGCAAAUUCCUCUUCGGCCUCCUACGGAGGUUCCGCCAGGAGCAGUGGGACCCAGCCGUCAUAAGGAAGACUACCAGCUUCUGGCUGGAGGAGAUCCUGCUCCCCACCGACACGCUCUCCGCCACCGGCUUUGCAUACCAUCUCACGGACCUGCUCCUGCCAGAGCUGCAGCGAGUGGUGACCAGCGCCGCCGAGCAGCCCUCCGCAGCCGCCUUGGCCGCGCUGCUAGAACCCUUCUGCCAAGCGCUGGCGCAGACGGGCAACCCCGCCCUGCAGUUCCGCCUCAGGCACGGCGUCUUCCUGACCAUGCUCAAGGAGAUCCAGAAUCCCUCGCCGCAUCAGCCCCUACGGCACCUGGCAAUCACCGACUUUGCGGCUCACAUGUUUGAUCUAGGUGCUGCGGUGGAGACGAGACGCAAGAAUAGGGAACUGUGCUACGACCUGAGCAGCCGAUUUGAGGGCAUAACGCCUGGCAAACCCACCGCGGCCCCCAGUGACGACUCAAGCAAUAGGAGCGCCGGCGCCGUGCUUGGCGGCUCGGACUCAGCACCUGCAAGUGCCAAAGUCCUCGCCACCCCGUCAAGUGAUGCGAGUGCGAAGAAGAAGAAGAAGCGGGACGCCGCGGCGGUGGAUGCCCCCAACGGCCACGCUGCUGUCACACCCAGCACCCUCGGAAAGUCUGCCAAGAAGAAGAAAAAGGUGCAGGCUGAGCCCGAGCCUGCAGCAGCGAAAGGCAGCGACGGCGACGGCAUCGCCGCCACGGACGCCCACGGUGCCUGCCGCGCCACACGACACGCCUGA